AUGUGUCAUCUUGCACACUUACAAGUGUUGGACUUUUCUUCAAACAAGAUUUCUGGUGGUAUACCAAAAUGCCUAAACAAUUUCACUGCUAUUAUUCAAGUGGAUUCUGAGUUUGAUGGGGCAUUUCGUCUUCAAUACUAUGGAGGCUUCGAGAGUGCAUUUGUAACAUGGAAAGGAAAGGAGGGCAAGUACAUAAAUACUCUUAAUCUGGUGAAACUCAUUGAUCUUUCAAACAACAAUUUAGUAGGUGAUGUUCAUGCUGAAAUUACCAGUCUUGUAAUGCUAGUUGGAUUGAACCUUUCAAGAAACAACCUAUCUGGAUUCCUUCCUACAAAUAUUGAUCGACUAAGUCAUUUACGAACUUUCAAUGCUUCUGCAUUCGAGGGAAACCCUGGACUUUGUGGCCUUCCACUUACAAAAGCUUGUCCAAGAGAUGAAAUUGCUCAAGUCCCAAUGACCGGUGAUAAAGCUGAUGGGAUGAAAAACUUGGAAGAUGAGGACAAGCUUAUCGAUGAUGGAUUUUACAUUAGGAUGGCAGUUGGUUUCAUUUUUGGAUUUUGGGGAGUAUGUGGCACUUUAGCAUUCAAUAACUCGUGGAGGAUUGCAUUUUUUCACGUUGUUGAAUAG